AUGUUGGCAAAAUCUCGUCAUUAUAUUCGUCCAUGUUUAUUCUGCUGUUUCUUCCAACAACCAGCCCAUUCAUCAAUGAAUCGCAUUAAAGAACAACUAUUGCUGAACUUCAGUCACGACAUGACGACGAAACGAUUUCUCACUGGUUAUGAUAUAUUAGUCGAUCGACGUGCUAAUAAAGGCACGGCAUUUUCCAUUGAAGAACGACAAACGUACCGUAUUCAUGGUUUAUUACCACCAACGGUUGCUACACCCAAUCUUCAAGUAGAACGCUUCAUGGAAAAUCUACGAAAUAUGCCCGAUGAUUUAUCGCGAUAUAUCUCAUUGGCUGCUUUGCAAGAUCGAAAUGAAAAAUUGUUCUAUCGGGUAGCGAUGGAACAUACACAAGAAAUCAUGCCGCUUGUCUAUACACCAACAGUUGGAUUAGCGUGUCAAAAAUAUGGAUUGAUCUUUGCUAAACCAAAAGGUCUUUUCAUUUCAAUUCAUGAUAAAGGUCAUAUUUUCGAUGUACUUUCCAACUGGCCGAUCACGGAUGUUCGAGCAAUUGUUGUUACUGAUGGAGAACGUAUCUUGGGUCUAGGUGACUUGGGUUGUAAUGGUAUGGGCAUUCCAGUGGGUAAACUAAGCUUGUACACCGCAUUAGCUGGCGUUGCACCGGAAUAUUGCCUACCAGUCACACUUGACGUCGGAACAAACAAUGAAUCGUUCUUGAAAGAUAAGUACUACUUGGGUUUAAGACAAAAACGUGUCACUGGAAAAGAAUACGAUGAAUUUAUUGAAGAAUUUAUGCAAGCGGUUGUUAAACGAUAUGGACAACAAUGUUUAAUCCAAUUCGAAGAUUUUGCCAACCACAAUGCUUUUCGUUUACUUGAAAAAUAUCGUGAACAGUAUUGUACAUUCAACGAUGAUAUUCAAGGAACUGCCAGUGUUGCUGUGGCUGGUAUUCUCAGUUCACUUCGUAUCACUGGAAAGAAACUCUCGGAAAAUACAUUUUUAUUCUAUGGAGCUGGUGAAGCUUCGAUUGGUAUGUCCGAUUUACUGGUUGUUGCAAUGGAACGAGAAGGUUUAUCGGCAGAGGAAGCUCGAAAGAAGGUCUUCUUAGUCGAUUCUAAAGGACUUGUUGUUAAGGAUCGUCCAACUGGUGGUUUGAAUGAAGAAAAGAAACGAUACGCACAUGAACGCGAAUGUAUUGUUAAAUUAGGUGAUAUUGUCAAAGCAUUGAAACCAUCAUUUCUCAUCGGUGCCGCUGGUCAAGGUCCAGCAUUUACUCGUGAAAUUCUCGAAGAUAUGGCUUCAUUCAAUAAACAUCCAGUUAUUUUCGCUCUUUCAAAUCCCACGUCAAAAGCUGAAUGUACCGCUCAAGAAGCCUACGAAGCCACCAAAGGUCAAGCAGUGUUUGCCUCUGGUUCUCCGUUUCCUAAUGUUGACUAUAAUGGUAAAACUUAUAUUCCCGGUCAAGGAAAUAAUUCUUAUAUUUUUCCUGGUGUUGGUUUGGCCAUUGUUACAUGUGGUAUUCGACAUAUUCCUGAGGAAUUAUUUUAUAUAUCAGCUAAAACUCUAUCUGAACAAGUGACAGAAGAAGAUCUUGCCUCAGGUUUAGUUUAUCCACCAAUUGAGAAGAUUCGUUCGGUUUCACGUAAAAUUGCCUUGGCGUUGGUUGAAUAUUCCUACGACCAUAAAUUAGCUGCACUUUAUCCUAAACCGGAUAAUUUAGAGAAAUAUAUCGAAGAUAGUCAAUACAAAGCCGAGUAUGAAGAUGCUUUACCACCACGAUGGAAUUGGCCAAAGCAAAACUAA